UGUACUCCACUGUCGACUCUCCACUCCAGACCACAGACCUUUUGACAAGAUUGCGCCUUUCAUUCUAUCGAGGUCUCGUUCUAGCGCUGCCAAACGGAGAAGCUUCACAAAACACUUCUCUUCAAUUCAUCAAAUAAUACAUAUUUAAGUCAACAUAUUUAUUAUAUUUUAUGUUCAGUGCAAGUAAAUAACAUCAAAUGUUCUAAUUAACGUUCCAAAAGUGUUUCACAUCCAUUAAAUAAGCCUGAAGAAACUAGUAAAAAUUGCUCCCGAUCGGUGCAAUCAGCUUUCACAAAAAUGGUCUCCACAAGGCAGAUGACAAAUGUAGGGGGCUCCAGUCCAAGUUCGGAUGAAGCUGAAACCGGGACCAGACCCCCGCGACAUAAUUCUGUUAUAACAAUUGUUUCAAGUUCUUUGAUACAAAAUUCUGCAGCAGGUCCCUCUAAUGCAAUUUCUACAGUGUCAGCACCUCCUCCUCGAACAAUUAAUUUGCUUGAUUUGCCACAGGAGGUUAUUGAGAAAAUUCUUUCCUAUGUUGGAUAUAAGAAAGUUUCUCAAAUGCGUAUGGUGUGCCGUCAGAUGAACACGACAUGCUCCGCAAUCUUGAACUCUACAUUUUCUCGUCUUCAAACUCAAAUGCUUGUUAGAUUCCAAUCAAUCAAAUCUAAAAUGCCACGCAGAGAAUCUGCAAGGCGCAAUCAUCCUCUCGCUUGUGAAAGCGAUAUCAUUGAAACGCUUCAUAUGCGAUUGACAUUGCUUCAAUGA